GCUACAAAGCAAUAACCAUAGCAGCACACGCACCACACCACACAAAGCUGUUGACAUAACAUAACUUCACUUUCAAGGCCAAUCCUCUUUACCUUCCACUUUUUCCUCCUCUCAAAUUCACAUCCCCCCCCGACCCUUUAAGUAAACACCAAAAACACACAUACACACUCACGCAUAUUGACACCCUUUGCACAUUCUUCUUCUUCUUCAUCUCUUUCUCUCUCUGAAGCAAGUGUGCAGAGCAAUUAAUAAAUCUAGUUUUGGGUCACCCCGUGACCGUGAUGAUCAUAAAGUUAUUGUCUUUUGAGUGAUGGGUUUGUGUUCUUCGGUCCCCAGAAACGCUAACGCAGACAUGAAGCUCAAACUCUCGUUCGGUUCCAAAUCUGAGAAACUGGUGAUUCAUCCAUCACCCAUCAAGGGACAACAACCCCAAAAUGGGUGGUCAACGACCACCUUCACCGACCAUGGUAGCAAAGAGGAAGCCUUUUUUGAUUCCAAGGCCUGGUUAGACUCGGAUUGUGAAGAUGAUUUCUAUAGUGUCAAUGGUGACUUUACACCAUCUCGAGGGACCACACCAAUUCACCACACUUUUGGAACCCCUUCUAGGAGUAGAAUUCCUGGCUCUAUGGCGGAAACAUCCCCAGAAAAGAAAAAGAAAUUGUUAGAGCUUUUCCGCGAAAGUGUCAAAGAUGACCAAGUUGAUGGCCAUGGACACAAAGAAGUCAAACCCACUAUCCAAGAUGUUUUACCAAAAUCUGCACAUUGCACUCCUUAUCUCUCAGAGGCUAACUCUGCUUGUAGUAGUGAAAGGACCAUGAGUGAGGAUCGUGCAUCCAUUAGAGAGAAAUUAGUAAAGUCUUUGCAGUGGUGCAUUCCAAGCUUGUCUUCAUGCCGAAGCUUUCGCGAGAGGAGGAGGAAGACAAGUCCUGCAAUAGAAGUAAAUGGAAAGCAUUGAUUUCUCUAGCAAUCAGAUGAAUCAAAGUUUCUCUGAUGAGUUUAAUUUAUACAUAUUAUCAAUGUAAAGCAUUUUUUACACAGAUAUCCAAUAAGAUUUGAUUAUUUUAUCACGUCAUCGAAUUCAUAAAUAUAAUAUGGUGAUAAAGUAAAUUGUUAUUGGAUGUUUGUGUAAGACUGUUUUAUAGGGUGUAUAUAAAUUAAACUAAACUCUGGUUGAAUUAAAUUUUGGUAAUAUACAUCAAUGGAUUCUGUAAAGAACCAAGCAGAAUGAAUUUGAAAUCUUGUAAACAUAAACAUAAGGGAUGCUCUAAAUCGUUAUGUAAUGAGAUUUUUUCUGCCAGUGAUCCAACAUCUUGGAUAACUGUUUCUUCAUAAUUAGUUGUAUCCAGUUAGGUAGUAUUGUUA